AGUGAAUGAAUUGACUCGCUGAUGAAUCAAAAUUCCCACCACAAGAGAUGACAUUAUCAGUGUGUGAAUAUCUCUUUAAGAAUGAAGCUGAAAUUGGAUCCUGUCGUUCCUGCACCUCCACCACCACAUACAGCCAUCAACACACAUCAGUUUCACAUCAUCCUCAACAUGCUCUCACCGACGCGCGUUUAUAAAACCCACACGCAUCGCAGAUUGAGAUUAUUAUAAGGACCAACCGUUUCUCCGUUUGAUAUGAAAUCAUGCAUUUCAUAUCGCCGUGGAGAGAGGAAAAUCAUGCAUGUGUCUGAUUGACGAAAAACAAGGAUUUUUAUCAGCCCAUAUGCUUUCAGACACCAUGCACAACUAGCCAACAGACACCAUUGAUGAUCGAUAAGAGUGGGGUCGGGUGGCCAUGGACCCCUUCAGCCAGCUGAUCCUGCUCAUCUCGGUGGUGAGUUUUUGCACUUUCCAGUGGCUCUUUCACAGCGUGAGCCCCUGGGCAUCGUCCAGAAUCAGCCCUGGCUUCCUCAAACUCACUCACAAACAGAAGAUCGAGUGGAACUCAAGGACUGUGUCCACGCUCCAUGCCCUGUUGGUUGGCCUCUUCUGCCUCUACAUCCUAUUCUUCGAUGAGGCCGUCAAUCACGACCCCGUAUGGGGAGAUCCUACUCUGGUGAAGAUAAACGUGAGCAUUACUACAGGCUACCUCAUAUCUGAUCUGCUGCUUAUAUUUUACUAUUGGAGAGCAAUAGGAGACAAGUUUUUUGUAAUCCACCACCUGGCAGCAUUGUAUGCUUACUACUAUGUACUGGGUCAAGGAAUGUUGCCUUAUUUUGCUAACUUCCGUCUGCUUGCAGAGUUUUCCACACCGUGUGUAAACCAACGCUGGUUCUUUGAAGUAUUAGGUUACCCCAAAGCCUCCAAGCCCAACAUGGCUAACGGGGUACUGAUGGCAGUCGUGUUUUUCGUGGUGCGGAUCGCUGUCAUGCCGGUAUACUACAGCCGAAUGAGCUCUGUGUACGGCACGGAGGCCUUCUACAAGGUCUCCUUCGGCGGCCGAAGCGCAUGGAUCUUCUCCAGCAUCUGCCUGGACAUCAUGAACGUCAUGUGGAUGCAUAAAAUCGCCCGCGGCUGCUACAAAGUCCUGCGUUCCAGCUGUAAAUCUAAACCCGAGAGCCAGGAGAAUGGAAAAACCGAUUGAGUGAAACGAAAGGGCAUUCGAAUUUUACACCACUUGCUCACAGACAGGGUCGUUGUCUUAUUGACGGUCUUCAUGGGACACUAUGGUGUGAUAGUGACCAGUAAAGACUUUGAAAACCACCCCAGAGCAAUAUUUCAGAGUUAAGAUCCAAAACUCUGACAAAAUGUCAAAUUGAGAUCUAGUACACCAGAAAAGACUGGCUGCCCACUUUUGUUUUGUUCGUUUUGAAACCGUACACCAAAAGUGCAAACAAUGCACUGUUCGAGAUCACCGACUGAACUGUAUUUUAACCAUGUUUGUUUUUAAACCGUGGGCAGGUAAACCACAUUAUUUAUUCAUCAAAGUUCAGUCCCUCGCUCUCAAUCACUGUACUGUGCAAAGGGGCCAAGCGGUCAGUCACCUGAUGUUCACGUUUACUUCAAAGCCGCGUUUAUUGACUGUGAAAGAUUCAUCCACACAACUGCACUGCACUAAACGAGGAAAAUCAGCAAUCUGGAUCAGUGUACUCAAGAAGAAUCUCUUGGAAAAUUAAUGUCACAUACUAGUGAUGUAUUAGAUAUUUUAUCAAAUGCACCGAUGAGAUCCAACUGUGGGUUAAAUAGGCGAAAUAUUUUAUAUAUACAAGAUAUGAGCAGUGAUCGCAUUAAUGCGGAACUGUUUUUAAGAAUGAAACCUGUUUACACUCGCUCCAGAUUCAGUUCAGAUUUCGCUCCUCUGCCAUGAAACGGACGUCACGCUUUGUUCGCACUGUACAGUUAAUUGCAUGCGGCAAUGUUGUUCUCUGAAUGUUUGCAUUGUACAUAGAAAUUUUAUUGAACAUACAGUAAUUAUUUUAAUUACGUUGGUGUACAGUGUAUCCGAUCAAUACUGAAUUAAAUGAUCGAUUAUGAUUUGGAAAAGGUUUUAAAAGGAAGCGUAGCUUGUGAAUGUUCGAGUACUUUCUCAACAUCGGAUCGUUUUCCUGCAUCGUACCUAAUUUAUUGAACCAGUUUUGCACUGGGACAGCAUGGUAAUGUUUGUACGGCAUAUUUAUUUUUUUUAAUGGAAAGAUAUAAAAGUCGUCAAUGUAUCCGAGUAGAUAUACAGCAUAAGACAUGAGAGAAUUCACAAUACAGAGAUACUUUUAUGAAUUCAUUUUAAAAUUCAUUGUCACUGUGUAUGACGAAUUUAGUGUAGAAUAUUCAUACUGUAGCCUACACGUGCAUUCAGUGGCGGCACAGAUGUGAGUGCAUGAGUUUUAUUGAUUUCAAAUGUAUGAAAGGCAGUUCGAGAUGGCUUACAGCGAUUUGCGUGGAAACAAUUUUAAAGCGGUUCUGUUUUUAAUGAACUAAGUACUUGAAUUUUGAAAUGCGUUAUUUCUGAGAGCCAGACCUAUGAAGAAUUGUCUUUACUGGCACGAGAUAUACAGGAAUUCAUGUUGUAAUUUUAUUUUAUUUUGUAUUUUUUGCCUUUGUAUUCAAUCACUCAAAAUGCCUUUUUUGUUUCGUUAAAUAAACCUCUUUUAUUUACUUCUUCUAGUGUCAUUUUGUACCACAUGGUUCAUUGUAUGGUCUUGUAAGGAUGUAUGUUUUAUGUUUUUAGUUCUCACCAAUGUUCCAACCAAAGGUCAAAAGUAUAGAAUGGCUGCUCUUAAUCAUACAUAUUAAGUAAAUGGUGGCACUACAACAGAAAGAAACCCAGCUGGGGCGAACAGACGUGCAUUGUUAUACUGUACAAGUGUAAUCUGAAACAAGCGAAAGGAAAAGUUCAUUCAGUGUAACUUUCAAAACCUUGUAGGUCAUUUCCAAGGAAGCACUGGGUUAUGAAUCUAUGAACAGUUAAAUGUCAUUUAAGAUGUCUUUUUUUUUUUUUUUUUUCAGAAUAUUGAAUUUUACUUUUACUAAGUCUUUUCAAUGCAUAAAGUUCAGUGUUUCAGUGCAUUAAUGUUUAUUUUAAGGAAUGUAAAAGUGCACAAUAUCAUGACUGUGUGUGUUUUUAUUACUGAAGCGUUCCAUACACUAAUGUCACAGGAAAUUGUUGCCAUGUAAAGGCUUACAUUUGUUACUAAGGUGAGCACAGGGAUCAUCUUCCCAUUAUACUGAAGGAAAGUGCAUGUAUCUGAGGAAUGACACAACAGAUAUUUUUGAACAUGUUGGUUCUUUCACGUGUCUUAAUUUUUCACUUUCGUUAUGCCAUUUGCCUCAAUAAAGCAAUAUGUUAAUUUUGA